AUGGCGGGCAGCAGGCUUUCUAAGCCCCAGGACGAAGCGACCAAGAAGAGAAAGAGGGAUCUGAUCGAGGGCGACGCGCGAAUCAAGAGGUCACGGGCGCAGCAAGGCGUCGCAGCGGACGAGCACGAGCAAGCAGCUGAUGGAGACGUCGAAACCGACAACAGCCUUCAAAAUGGAUCGCUGGCAAAUUCAAAAAGCAAUGGUGAAGCUGUGGCCAAGCGCUCGUCAGACGGAGAGGCUGGCUGGAGACUCUCCAAGCCCAUGGGUGGCAGAAUGCUCGACAUUGAUCCCAUCCUCACUCAAGAUGACCAGUACCUCAUCUUGACAUACAACACCUCCGUCCAAAUCUACACCACCAGCGACUCUCUCCUCCUGAGACGAAUCCCCAUUGGCGCCGUCGAUACCGCUACGUCAGACGGCUCGUCUCCCGCAAACAUCGUUGCGACCCGCCUGUCUAUUCAGAACCCUGAAUACCUCUGGGUUGCUUGCUCAGAUGGCCAAAUCUACCAUGUAAAGUGGACAGAGGCCGCUGAGACGCACCAGAGCUUCAAGACAGUGACGGGUACCGCCAAAGCGAUGACAGUGACUUCGACCGAGGCCUCUGGCGCCAAAGCCGAUGUCGUCGUCGUCGUCGAGACAGCCAAGUCCAAUAAGACGGAGUUGACUGCGUAUGGCGGCGAUCUGCUGUCGUCUCCAGUCUCAAAGCACAUACUGAGCAUCAAGAAGCCCGGCAAUGGCCUGCACCUGAUUGAGGCCACUCAGGAUGGCCUCGUCCUGGUCGGUGCUGUGAAUGACUCUCUCUUUAUUGGCGUAGCGUCACACGAGCAGACGACCAAUUUCGAAGAGAUCCAAUACGACUUCUUCUCCUUUGACGUGCCAGACAUCAUCACCACGCUCGAUUUCAGGGUAUACCAAGCCUCUGCUCUGCCCGGCGCUGGAAGCAAAGGACGACGCGCCUCCGACAGAGUGGUGGAUGUGAUUGUUGGCGGCGCACGAGGAGGCAUCUAUCUCUACCAUGACGCCCUGGCUCGAAGCCAAUCACUUGGAAAAGCCGGCAUCCAAGCUCAAAAGUUCCACUGGCACCGAAAGGCAGUUCAUUCAGUCAAGUGGUCACGAGAUGGCAACUACAUGAUCUCAGGAGGCUCCGAAAACGUUCUUGUGCUAUGGCAGAUGGACACAGUCAAGAGAAACUACCUCCCGCACCUGUCAGGCAGCGUCGAAAACAUUGUUGUUUCUGCCAGCGGAUCAUCAUAUGUCGUGCACCUUGAUGACAACUCAACAAUGAUUCUAUCCACUGCUGAACUGACUCCGACCACAUACAUAUCCGGCAUUCAAUCUGCAUCGGUUGAGGCCACGACACCCAAAGACUUGCUCGUGCAGCGUGUUUGGUCAGUAGCAGACAAAGUGCGCCGACCUAUUCCCGCUGCCAUCAAGGCGAACCAGCCCUCCAAGCUUCACGUCUGUGUCGGCAAUGGCCGCCAGGCAACGAUGACGGGAGACUUCUCAGCGCCCCUACUGCAGUCCUUUGAUCUUGAGACCUUCACGAGCAUCUCCAAGCAGGCACUGGCCCGGACACAGCCUACGGACGUCAAUCUGUCCAAUAAGGGCUACGCCAUUGAAGAGCCUGUUGUCACGCACAUCUCCUUUUCUUCCGACGGAAAAUGGCUGGCCAGCGUCGACGACUGGUUUCCUUCAACCAGGGACAUUGGCGCCGUUAGUGGCGACGCUGGCGACCAGUUCUUGAAGGAGAGGCACGAGUCAUACCUCAAGUUCUGGCAAGUCAAUGACGAGGACAACUCGAUUGCCCUCGUCUCCAGAAUCAAUGCGCCGCACACGUCGACCCAUCCGGAGACGAUACUAGAUCUUGCCUCGGACAGUUCCUCAGCCUGCUUUGCCACCAUUGCCGGGGACGGCAUCGUGCGCCUUUGGCGACCAAAGGUCCGCCAACAAGACGGUUCACGACGCACAGAUGGCGGCGUGGAGUUUACCUGGGGUUGUUCCCGGAUAAUCCCCAUCGGCGAUGGGCUCGGCCGAGAUGCCAUCGCGGAUAUUCCCAACGACUCGGCUGCUCCUGUGAAGCCUCAAGCCCGCAUUGCCUUCUCGGAAGACGGUUCCACGCUGUUUGCUGCCUUUGGCGCUGUUGACACGGGAGCCGUGUAUGUGAUCAAUGCGGCCUCUGGCGAAGUUGUCAAGAUCCUGGAGGGCCUCUGGAAAGGACAGCUGCAUUCAUUGCGAGUGCUGUCGCAGUAUUUGAUUGUGCUUUCCGACGAGCUGCACGUCUACGACGUCGUGAGCGACGAUUUACGGUACGGAAUCGUGGUGCCCAAGGCUUCUGACGCCGACGAAUUGCUGCAGCUCGCUGUCGACUCGGUGUCCGGGCAUUUUGCAGUUACCCUUCCUCUUGGAAACACCUCUAGCAUCGGCAUCUUCAGCCCGAGCGAGCCCGAGCCGCUCAUCGUCCGCAACACGCCCCAUCGGAUCGUGAGUCUCAUUUCAGUGCCCGGCACCAGCGGCUUUGUCGCUCUCGAUGAUGUGGCCCAGAUCUGGACCCUUACCGAGGGCUCCAACGCCUCCACCAUCCUAGCCGCUCAGCCGCUGCAGGAUCUGCGGCUCGACAAUGCCUCCCAGGAAGCCGACAGCAACAAGCUCGCCAUCAUGCUCAACGGAGAUGCUGAGAGCGACGAUGAGAUGGAGGAGGCGCCAAACGCAGAUGAUGACGUGGACAUGGAGGAUGACGACGUUCAGGCCAAUAUCAUCCCUCAACAGUAUCUCGCAGACAUCUUUGAUGCUGCGCCUCCGUUUGCCGGGGCUUCUGUGGAGGACAUGUUUUACAAGGUCAUUGAUCUUCUUGCGGCCAAGCCCCUGUCGACUACGACUUUGUGA